AUGAAGACUACUCAACGUCAGUUAUCCUCAUCUUUCACUAAACUCUGCGAGAGACUCUCCUCAUUCAGAAACGGUGAUGACAAUAUAAGAGACUUAGAAGCUGUCUUUGCUUACAUGGACGCAAACAGAGACGGUAGAAUCUCUGCUGAAGAGCUUAAAAGAAGUUUCAACACAUUAGGAGAUCAACUUUCUGAUGAAGAAGCUGAAGCUGCUGUUAAACUAUCUGAUAUAGAUGGAGAUGGGAUGUUGGACUUUGAGGAGUUUGCUCAGUUAAUCAAAGGGAGUGAUGAGGUUACAGAGGAAGAGAAGAAGAGGAAGAUGAUGGAAGCGUUUAGAAUGUAUAUUGAUGAAGGUGAAGAUUGUAUUACUCCUAGAAGCUUGAAGACUAUGUUGAUGAAGCUUGGUGAGUCAAGAACGAGUGAUGAUUGUAGUGUUAUGAUCAAAGCUUUUGAUCUUAAUGAUGAUGGUGUUUUGAGUUUUGAUGAGUUUGCUCAUAUGAUGAUGCGUUGAAGAAUCAGCCCACAUGCAUUGUUGUUGUGGCUUUGUUUGGUUGCGGUAAAUAUAUGUAUGGCUUUGCAAGCAAUAAACAAGUCUGUUGUGUGUUUACCUUUUAGCUUUUCAUUAUUAAAAUAAUAACAAGUGCGUGCAUAAAAAAUAGCACACUAAUAGUAUGGGAUAAAUAAAUUAUACUUUUCC